AAUGAGAAUGGUACCAUUACAGAAAAUAAAAGGGAGAGUGAUGUGUUGGGUUUGUAGGGCCAAAUGGUGCGCCUCACCAACUAAACAGAGCAACGUUUUCUCGUCGUGGGUAAUUAAUGAAUUGAAUUCAACAAAGAAGAAGAAGAAGAAGAACGAAAGGAUAGAAAACAAAAGAAGGGAAGGACGUGAAUGCCUCUUCUUCUUCUUCUCUCUAGCCUUUGUUUUGGAAGAGCACUACUAAUCACUGUAGUUGGUGAUCAGUGGGGCCUGCACACUUACACAUAUUCCUCCACUAAGUGUAAUUACCAAUUAAAUUAAUCCUCUUAGUGUCCCUUUUUCUGUUUUAAUCACAGGGUACUAAUGAUGGAUUAACAUAUGUAUUAGUAUUCCCUAUUGGCUAACCUACCUCCUAUUUUCUUUUCCCAUGGCUCCGGCCAGCUGCAGCAAAUUUGGCAGUGCCCGUUGGCAUUAGGAUACUUAAUUCUAACCUUUUUUUUAGGUGGACAUAUGACAGUCCUAAGUCCUAACCUAAUCCGUAACCUCUUUUGUCCCUCCCUUAAUUAAAGAAAAGUCACCAUUUUGUCCCUAUCAUCACACUAAAUCCAAUCCAAUCAUCAAUUGUAACGAUGAAUUGAGAAAAGAGAGUACUAUUACUACAAGUGGAGAAAUGUAGAUCCAAUGCAUCGAUCUCAUCUAUUUCAGAUUGGUCCUUAAAUUCAUUUUUGAUUCGGGAGGCAUUCGUUUAUUAAUCAUUUAUCGUUUGAUUUAUGAUUUGAUAUGAUUUCGCGACUUAAUAUUCACUAUAUAAGAGUUAUUGUUUCUCAAAUGAUCUAAUAGAUAAGUCUUUACACAAACACCCUUCUGUAUUUCUUUAUUUUUAGUUGUUUUUGUUCUUUAAAUCUUUAUAUAUAUUAUAGUUGGGCACAAACAAGACUAAACUAAUUCACACAUAAGAGAAUUAAACGGUCAAUUGGAUGAGAAAUUUUAACGGAACAAAUUUAUCAAAUUGUCUCGUUUUGACACAAUUAUAGGCCAAAUUGACCACUUACUCUUAAGCAGCUGAUUAGAUGGGGCAAUUUGAUCUGCAAAAUUUCGAAUUGACUUAUUCUAAGGUGUGAAUUCAACUUAACUCAUCUUGUAAAAAAAAUAAUUAACCAAAUUGUCUUAAUUUCCAAUCAAUCCAUCCAAACGACCUGAUUAUAUGUGAGAACGGUCCAAUUAUAUGAACAAAUUAGUUACGAAGCAAAUUGCGUCCCCACACCCAUUGAUCCGUUAACUUGACACCAUCUGGUAUUGCCGCCUUUAAUCGCAAAAAUUAACAAACUCUAAUCCAAAAUUUAUUUUAAUUUGAAUAAUUUUAAUUCCGGAGGGAACUAAAACUACCAUUUGGUAUCUCGAGAACGGAAUCAUUAAAAUCCCUUCCUUCCUUCUCCUAUAAAUAACAAACCUAACGCGCCAGUUGCCAACUGUCGGUCACCGACGGCCAACACCAUCCACGCAAACUAUUCAACACCACUCCACGUGUCCCUCCUCCUCCCGCCGCCGCCGCCGCCGUCCUUUCUCUCCGGUCACCUCUGGCGCAAUUCCGGUGAGUCCCCACUCCCUGACUCCUUCGCUACUCCCAACAAAUUGACUUCAGACUUCCCGUGCCAAUUUCGUCUGCAAACUUGAGCUGUAUGAUCUCUGCAACUGAAAACCCGACCCGAUUCCAUCGUGCCCAUUCCUCUUCUUUCGCUUCCCAUUCCUCUCUCUCUCUCUCUCUCGCAUUAUAUCUAUUUUUCUCGUAAUUUUUUUUUUCAGUUUCAAUUUUUUGCAAUUAACAACAACAAAUCGAGAAGCCUCCUGGUUUUUCUUCUUCCCUUUCUUUCUUUCCUCGGGCUAUCAAAAUUUUCAUGUUUGAUAGCCUUUCUCCUCAAUUGCUGCCUCUUUCGUCGGAUCCGCCAUUCCCUCCUCUCACGCUCUGUCAAGGUAAUUCCGAUUCCGCCGGCGAAGUUUUUUCCUAGGGUUUUGAUUCGGACAUUGCCGCGUUUCCUCCCCCGCUUUUUUUAUGUUUCGUUGCUUUGAAUGUUGGUUAUGCAGGUUUGUUAUUCUGAUUCAGUUAUGGGUUCUUUUUUGGUUUUAGGUUUGAGGAGGAUUUUUUUUUCUGAUCUCUGAAGAAGGUGGAUUAUUGCGCGAUUCCGGCGACUGGAUUGCAGGUUGUCGAUUAGGGGAGGAAAUUCAUUUCUUGUAGAGGAAAGCCGAGAGGGAAAUAUAGGGGGGAAUCCCAAAAUUGUCGCAAUUUCUUUUUGUUGUUGAUGAUCCUAUAAUAUAUAUGCCCAUUUUGAGCUUGUUUUAGAUAGAGCGAGGGAAAGAUUUCUGCCUUUUUUGGUUUCUGGUUUUGGGUUAUGGAGAUGGAGGAUAAUAAUGCUAGCAGAGAUUUCUACGUUGAUCUGGAGAGCGGACCAAACAACAAUGAUAAUGGCAGAGCAGGGGAUCCUUCCUCUUCUCCUCAUUCUUCCCCAAAUGGCGUGAGAUCAUUGUUCAACAAAGUAUGCAGCGUUUUGGCGAAAGGGGAAGAAGAAGGGCAGAAGCUCUUGUGUGGGAAUGGAGGAGGAUCGAAUUCGGAAGGCGAUCAGCAAGCGAAAACGGAGGACAACAAUGAGACUACUGCUAGUAGUGGGAGUGAUCAUUCGGAUGAGAAGCAGCAGCAGCAACGUAGGAAGAGCAGCAGCCCACACAAGAAGUCUCCAAAGCCACCUCGACCACCGCGAGGCCCCUCGCUGGACGCAGCUGAUCUCAAGCUCAUCAAGGAGAUCUCCGAGCUCGCCAUGUUGAAGCGCGCCAGGAUCGAGAGGAUCAAGGCCAUGAAGAAGGCCAAAGUUGCUAAACAGUCAUCGGUUUCUUCGACGGGCAAUCUGUUUGCUAUGAUUUUCACUGUCCUGUUCUUUCUGGUCAUACUCUGCCAAGGAAUGUCGUCGAGGAUUACAACGAUAGACCUACAGACGGCCCCCGAGCCAGCUAGAAUGAUGGACAAUGAUCUCAUAGCGGUUCAGUACUUCGGUGUUCCCUCUGUAAAUGGCCCUAUCGGUCUGAGCUCUGGUUCUCACAACUCGGGUGUUGAUCCUCCGGAUUCAGCAAGACGACUCGGAUGAGUGUCAGGGUUUAUGUUAGAGAAAGAAUAAACUUGCCAUUUAUCUGCAAGUUGUCAACCUUUUGUUUCCCCCCGUUUCCUUUUUGUUUCCCUUCUCCAUAUGAGAACUGUGAUAGAUUAGUAGACUUCGGUGGAUUCACCGAGGUUAAAUGGAGCAAGGAAAGAAGCAGGAAGAGGGUAAUGUAGAUACGAGUCUCAGAGCCAUUUGAUAGGCCAGAGCUAAUGCAUUUGAUAAAGAAGGAAGCGGCUGUCUUUUGCAGUGGGAAGAUGGUAGGUUUGUGCUGUGUAUUUGAAUGAGAAGGUUCAAAAUGAGUUUAGUAGUUUUUGUCAACUGGGUUUUGGCCACACUGAUUUCAAUAACAUAAUGUUACCUUGUGCAUAUAUUAUCCUUCCAAUUUGUCUGAUCAAAUUGCAAAGUAGGAUUUUGAACCAUUGAUGUUUUGGACCAUCCAUCCAAGCUUCCCAUCUGUCACAUCCUAAUCUGUCAAACAUGAACCCAGUUCUUAUAACAGGAAGAUACAAAGUAGCAGCUCUAUCUACUGCUAUAGUGUUGCUGCCUGGAAGCUGGAAUGCAGCUGCUCUGUCUACUGCUCUAGUGUUGCUGCCGGGAAGCAAGUUAGUGGACAGAUUUGUUUUCCAUUUUAUAAUCAUCUUUCUCCUCAGAAGUUGAUUAUGAACUCUAUGUGGGUUGACUUCAAUUAUUUUCCUCAGGGCAGGGGAGGCAAUGGCAAAUCUUAGCUAAGCCAGCGUGUAGUCCAUUUAAUGCAACUGCAUGUUGAUUGAACACGUGCUUCCACAUGUUCAUCUUUUGCAUGCAGCUUUUUGUGCAGGAUUAGCCUAAAACAGGGGGAAAGUUCAAAUUCGCGUUAUUGUUUAGGAUUAAUCUAGAGGGGGAAUUCAAAUUUCUGUUCUCCCUGUUAGCAACCAUCGGGCACCUUAAACUGAACAAGAUGCUAACUUCACGCUCACUCAUCUACUUGGAUCGCUCCCUUCUUUUUUUUAUUGUUGAAGAAAGCAAUGGAAACCCAGUAGAAUAUCUAAUCAUGUGCAUUUCUUUAAUUUCUGACAGUCACUUCAAAUAAUUGGGUCUAUUAUCUUUUUCCCCUCAUGAAUAGCCGUUUCUUAUUAAAGCUUGCUUGUUCAUACAAAGCAUAGUAUCGAAAUGAACAAAAGUUCGGGUAUUACUGUUAUUCAUCCAAAGGAUUGAAAAAAGUAACAUGGGCCGGGCAACUAUUCGGUCAACGUCGGACUUAAUUAUACCGAUUCAAUAUUUGGACGGAAUAUAUCGAAUAUCGAAUCAAAUAUAUUUCAAUUCGAUUUGAAUUCUAUAAAUCAUUUUCAGUAUGAAACUUUGUUGACAAUUAUUGAAUUCGAACCGGACCAAAACAAACUAAAAAUACAUACUUUUGAUAUGAUUCUGAAUUUCUGAUCUCAUUUUUUUCUUUUCUUUGGAAUGGGUUUGUCUCGAUUUGAUCUGAUUCUGAACCGAGUAGUAGCUCUAUCCUGAAUAGCCGAACCAAGAUUAGCAGAGAAUUUUUUUUUUUUUUUUUUUAUCGAAUCGAACAGGCUGCAUCCUUAUUCGGCCCAACGGCGCUCAAUCUCGAAUGGGCCGGAAGCUCAAUGUAUAAUUAGACGAAACGACGUGUGACAUGCGCGAAAGCCCAUAUGUGAAACUGUGAAAGGCCCCCGAAAAACUAUGUCCUUUCAGUCUCAAUAAAAUUACUGGACUCAU